AUGGCCCCUAAUAUCCUAAUCGGCACCGGCAGCUGGGGCCACAAUUUUGGAAUCGACCAAGUCCGCGACCAGAUGGCGCAGCUGGAUAAGCUGAAUUGUCGAGAGAUAGACUCGGGCGCUCUCUACCCCUUUACUAAUCCGGGAGUGGCAGAGACUUUCCUCGGCGAGAUCGGAUACGAAGGAAUUCUGCUCGAUACCAAGGCCAUGUGGUUCGAUGGGGGCAACAAUACCCUGACGGUCGACGCGGUUAACAUCUUCUACGCUCACGGUCCGGAUCACACUACUCCGCUGGAGGAGCAAGCCGCCGCGUUCGACGCUGUAUAUCGGGAGGGCAAAUGCGCGAAGACGGGCAUCUGCAACUUCUCCCCCGAAUCAUUCGCAGAAUACCUCGACAUCUGUGAGGAGAGGGGCUACGUGAAGCCAAGCGCCUUCCAGGGCCAGUACAACCUCCUAUGCCGCGGUUACGAGACUACACUGUUCCCCCUUCUUCAGAAACAUGGGAUUUCCUUCGUAGCAUACUCCCCCUUAGCCGGGGGAAUGCUAACAGGAAAGGUGACCCUAUCGAGCAAUAACCCCGACGCGCUCCGAGGGACCCGUUUUGAAGUCUCUAAAGACAAUCUCAUGGGAAUGGCAGGCAGGAACUGGUAUGACAAGCCGGUUUUCCACGAUGCGAUCCGCAAGCUCGAUGUUCUUUGUAAAACUCACGGGGUUGACAUGACUGAUGCUAGCAUGCGGUGGGUAUUACAUCACUCGAUCUUGGACGGAGAGAAGGGCGAUGGGGUUAUUAUCGGACCUCGAAACCAGCAUCAGUUGGAUAGCUACGCUGCCGCCAUUAAAGGAGGGCCACUGCCUCAAGCUCUCGUCGAGGGCAUGAACGGUCUCUGGGAAAAUGUAGCAGAUGAUGCUGCACCAAUCCUUGUUUACUAG